AUGGCCCCUAAUAUCAACGACGCUGCGGCCAAGCUGCCUGCGGCUUUCAACAAGAAGCUGUCGCUGGCGUCGCGGUCGGUGCACGCCGAUGACCACAUCAACAAAAACCCAGAUGUGGCUCCCCCAAUGCACGUCAGCACGACCUACCGCUAUGCGGCCAACCCGGACGACCUGGUCCCCUGGUCGGAGAUUGACGAGUCCAACUUCUGGACCGAGCAGGCGGCGUCGCACGACCCCUUCUGGAUCUACUCGCGCGAGAAGUCUCCCACGUCAACCCGCUUCGAGACCAUCCUGACCUCGCUGCUCGGCGCGCCCGCCGUCUCGUACGCCUCGGGCCUGGCCGCCUUCCACGCCAUGAUGGUAUUCCUCAACCCGCGGCGCGUGGCCAUCGGCGGCGGCUACCACGGCUGUCACGGCAUCCUCAAGCUGCUCAACAAGCUCAACGGGCUGCAGGUCGUCGAGUUGGAGGACGAGGCGGCGCUGGCGGCGCUGCAGAAGGGCGACGUCAUCCACGUCGAGACGCCGCUCAACCCGUACGGAGAGGCCCGUAACCUGGCCUACUUCCGCCAGCGCGCCGACGAGCUGGGCUGCUAUCUCACCGUCGACGCGACCUUCGCCCCGCCCCCGCUGCAGGACCCCUUCCAAUUCGGUGCCGACAUCGUCAUGCACUCCGGCACCAAGUACUUCGGCGGCCAUAGCGAUAUGCUUGCCGGUGUGCUGGCCGUGCGCCCGGAUCGCGCCAGCGACUGGCUCGGCACGCUGCUCGAAGAGCGUCUCGUGCUCGGCAGCGUGAUGGGCAGCCUGGAGGGCUGGCUGGGCGUGCGCAGCUUGCGCACGCUGGAGCUACGCGUCACCAGGCAGAGCGAGACCGCGCAGAAGCUGGUUGACUGGAUCGCUGCAGAGAAGGCGAAGGAGGGCAGCGUGGUAGCCGACGUGGUGCUGGAGGUGCGGCACGCGUCGCAGCAACCGGAGGCCAAGGACGAGAACUCGUGGCUGCGCAAGCAGAUGCCGCGUGGAUUCGGGCCCGUCUUCUCCCUCGUGCUCAAGAGCGAGCAGCACGCGCGCCGGCUUCCCAGCAAGCUGGGCCUGUUCCACCACGCGACCAGCCUGGGUGGCGUCGAGAGUUUGAUUGAGUGGCGCGCCAUGAGCGAUUCGUCGGUCGACAGGCGCCUGGUGCGCGUGAGCAUUGGUGUUGAGGGCUUUGAGGACCUGCGCGAUGACCUGCUGCAGGGUCUGCAGGCGCUGCGAGAGGAGCUGAAAUAG